AUCAAACCACACAAUCCCAAUCCGCGCAUCGCCAUGGACUUCUCCUCUUUUCUAGGCACACCAAUGUACAGCUUCUUUGUCAUCACUUGAAGCCGGCCACUUGGGCGUGAGGCGCUCUUAUAUGGAUCAUUCUUUGCCAUCUUAAAAGGUUGAUCAUUGACUUUCGUAUCCCGAGCGCUCGCUCUUCGAUAUCCGAGAAAAGGUGGCGAGGAUUGGCAGGCGCCCGAUAACGAACGACGCCUCCUCAUUUCGAGCCGCAAAGUACGAAGUCCCUCAGGGACAACGACAUCAACAACCUCACAACAGACCAUUUGACUAUCGGGGCGCGAGCCUCAACGUCUUCAAGAUGGCGUGGUCAAAGUCAACGCGGAUCACAAUAAUGCUCGCCAUCGAUGCUGCCUUCUUCGUCCUUGAAUUGGGAGUGGGGCUUUUCGUUGGAUCAUUGGCAUUGAUGGCCGACGCUUUCCAUAUGUUGAAUGAUAUCAUAUCGUUGGUCGUCGGACUGUGGGCUGUGAAAGCUGCGUCGAAGUCAUCAACGGAUAAAUACACAUUCGGGUGGCUACGGGCAGAAAUUCUAGGAGCUUUUUUCAAUGCUGUGUUCUUAAUCGCACUCUGCAUGUCAAUCGUCCUCGAAGCUGUCACACGUCUCAUUGACCCUCCCGAAAUCAGCAACCCGAAGCUUAUUCUUAUUGUUGGAUCCUUAGGCCUAGCUUCCAACUUGGCAGGAUUUCUGGUUCUUGGAGGACAUGGUCACUCUCAUGGCGGAGAGGGACACGAGCACUCCCAUGGCGACGAAGUAAGAGCAGCGGAGGAAGGUCACAGCCACGAACAUAGUGACCACAGCCAUGAUGCUCAAGGACAUACAGCUGAGGAGGCUAUUGAACACGCUGGCCAUGCUGGUGAGGUCUUUCCAGAGGCUGUCGUUGCGAAAAUGAAGUCCAAAUCAGCCCAACAACUCCGAUUUACUACUGCCGAUGAAGCUCCCAGCCCAUCGAAAGAUAGCACUGGUUCCUUGGGCAGAUCUGCCAGUCGAACAUCUUCAAGGAAAUAUGGAAGAAGAAGAACAAGCAGCAUUGGCCGCUUCACCAACAUCAAUGAUAUCAGCAUUCAUCCAGCGAGCUUCAGACAAAAUAUCAUUGCGGCGAGCAGACCACCGCUUGACGGAAUUGACAGUGGAGAUAACACUGCAUCAGAAGAAGAAGCAGUCGAGGACGAGGACGAUCCCAACGAGAACUCUCCUCUAUUACGCGCAUCUAAUGGGAAGCAAAACGGAAAUGGGAUUUGCGCAAGUAAUGACCAAAUCAACCCCGCGGAUCAUCCAAGACACGAAUCAUGGCAUGUGGGUCACCGUCACAACAAGCCGAAGAAGGCUUCAAAAGGAGGUCAUGGUCACAGCCACGGAGAUAUGGGAAUGAAUGCUAUGAUCCUACACGUUAUUGGUGAUGCUUUGGGCAACAUCGGAGUCAUCGUCUCUGCGCUUAUCAUCUGGCUCACCGCUUGGUCCGGACGAUUCUACGCUGAUCCAGCCGUCUCGCUUUUCAUCACAAUCAUCAUUCUGAAGUCCACGAUUCCUUUAACUUCAGCCACCGCCAAGAUCCUUCUUCAGGCAACCCCUGACCAUAUUGAUGUCAACGACAUCAAGGAAGAUAUUCAAGAACUUCCUGGUGUUAUCAGCUGUCACCAUGUUCACGUCUGGCAACUGAGCGAUACGCAGAUCGUCGCAUCGAUGCAUAUUCAAUGCGAGUUCCCUAUCAGCGAAGCGGGAGGUGAGAAAUAUAUGGACUUAGCAAAGGCUGUCAGAAAGUGCUUGCAUGCGUAUGGCAUUCACAGUGCGACCAUUCAGCCAGAAUUCUGUCUCGACAAGGACCACGAUCAUAACGUUGAGAGACCAGGAGGUGUAGUUGGCCUUGAUGGCAUCGUGGGCCAAGCGAGAUGUGGACUCGACGACGACUCUUGUUUAUUAGAGUGCGUGGAUGAUUGUGCAGGAAAAGGUUGCUGUUCUCCCAAAGCUGUAGAGUCUCAGCACGAACAUUCAGAUCAUGAUGGACACUCUCAUUAGAUUUCAUUUUAUUCAUUGGGCAGAAAACAAGGGAAAAUGAGUAUGAUAGAGCAAUUAGCACAUAUGGCUAUUGGCAGAGGCGUUUUGGAGCGUCCUAUUGUAGCUUGCAGAGCUACUUGCUUUUGAUGGGGUACCACAAGCCGCUGUAUAUUAAUGGUGCUUGUAACUAGCAGUAGACCAUGUGUAGAUGAUGGAGAUGGUCGGUAUGCACAUACCCCAUUGUCCAGAAACCUCCCAUGCUCUUAAAAAAGCUUUUUUCGUUGGGUGAAGUCAUCACUCC